AUGUACUUUGUAGCUUAUGCGUUGGCUGAUGCUUACCAACCACUCUGGGACGGUCCGUGUGAGCUGCAACAUAUUUUCACUGGUGAGAUGUGUGAGAACGAUGACUCGCCUUUUUGCUUCUUGAAUUGCUGCGUUUUUGCUGUCCCAUGGCUGGAGUUCUUCGGCUAUGGGGCCUAUCUUUGGAACGUGUUUUGGAUAUUGGACCUGGGCCGCUUCACUUUGCUGCCAUUGGCCCCCGAACUAGUGGCAGCAUUCAGCACACUCCAUGUGGUUCCUUUUUGA